GCUGCGCGGCGGCGGCCGGGCGCCGUCGGGCUGGGCGGCGGCGGCGGCGAACGAAGCCUGGCCUGAACCUCGCUUGGAGCGGCGCGAGCCGGCCGCGGCUACCAUGUCGGCUCCGUCUGAGGAGGAGGAGUACGCGCGGCUGGUGAUGGAGGCGCAGCCCGAGUGGCUGCGUGCCGAGGUGAAGCGGCUGUCGCACGAGCUGGCCGAGACCACGCGCGAGAAGAUCCAGGCGGCUGAGUACGGGCUGGCGGUGCUGGAGGAGAAACACCAGCUUAAGCUGCAGUUCGAGGAGCUCGAGGUGGACUACGAGGCGAUCCGCGGAGAGAUGGAGCAGCUCAAGGAGGCCUUUGGACAGGCGCACACGAACCACAAGAAGGUGGCGGCGGACGGCGAGAGCCGGGAGGAGAGCCUGAUCCAAGAAUCGGCGUCUAAGGAGCAGUACUACGUGGGCAAGGUGCUGGAGCUGCAGGCCGAGCUGAGGCAGCUGCGCAACGCACUGGCCAACGCGCAGUCUGAGAGCGAGCGCCUGGCCUCCGUGGCGCAGGAGCUCAAGGAGAUCAACCAGAACGUGGAGGUUCAGCGGGGCCGCCUGAGGGAUGACAUCAAGGAGUACAAGUUCCGGGAGGCACGCCUGCUACAGGAUUACUCGGAGCUAGAGGAGGAGAACAUUGGCCUGCAGAAGCAGGUGUCCCUGCUCAGGCAGAACCAGGUGGAGUUUGAGGGCCUCAAGCAUGAAAUAAAACGACUGGAGGAGGAGGCUGAGUACCUCAACAGCCAGCUGGAAGAUGCCAUCCGGCUCAAGGAGAUCUCGGAGCGGCAGCUGGAGGAGGCACUGGAGACCGUGAAGACUGAGCGGGAGCAGAAAGCAAGCCUGCGCAAGGAGCUGUCCAACUACAUGAGCAUCAAUGACUCACUCUACACCAGCCACCUGCACGUCUCCCUUGACGGCCUCAAGCUCGGCGACGACGCAGAGGCCCUGGCCAAUGGCUUUGAGCAUGGCGGCUUGGCCAAGCUCCCACUAGAUAACACGACCUCCACACCCACUAAGGAUGGCCUCACUCCCCCCUCACCCAGCCUCGUGUCUGACCUCCUCAGCGAGCUGAACAUUUCUGAGAUCCAGAAGCUGAAGCAGCAGCUAAUGCAGGUGGAGCGCGAAAAGGUGGGUCUGCUCGCGACACUGCAGGACACACAGAAGCAGCUGGAGCAGGCACAGGGGUCCCUGUCAGAGCAGCACGAGGAAGUGAGCCGCCUCACUGAGAACCUGAGUGCUCUGCGGCGCCUGCAGGCUAGCAAGGAGCGGCGGGCAGCCCUGGACAGCGAGAAGGAGCUCGACAGCCACGAGGAUGGUGACUACUAUGAGGUGGACAUCGACGGGCCUGAGAUCCUGGCCUGCAAGUACCGUGUGGCCCUGGCAGAGGUUGGCGAGCUCCGGGAGCAGCUGAAGGCCCUACACAGCGCACAUGAGGCUGGCGAGGCCCAGCAUGCAGAGGAGAAGGGCCAGCUCGAGGCCGAAAACCGAGCACUCACCGAGAAGGUCGCCCUGCUGGAGAAGGCUAGUCGCCAGGACCGGGAGCUGCUGACCCGGCUGCAGAUAGAGCUGAAGAAGGUGAGUGACAUCGCAGGUGAGACCCAAGGCAGCCUGAGCGUGGCCCAGGAUGAGCUGGUGACCUUCAGCGAGGAGCUGGCCAACCUUUACCACCACGUGUGCAUGUGCAACAACGAGACACCUACCCGCGUCAUGCUGGACUACUACCGCGAGGGCCCAGCUGGCGCCGGCCACAGCAGCCCUGAGGCCCGCGGGUGCCACUCACCUGUGCUGCCCAAGGGGCUGCCGGCUGCAGAGGGCGGAACCGGGGACAGCAGCUCCUCACCCAGCUCCACGCUGCCUUCGCCCCUGAGUGAUCCGCGGCGGGAGCCCAUGAACAUCUACAACCUUAUAGCCAUCAUCCGCGACCAGAUCCGGCACCUACAGGCAGCCGUGGACCGCAGCACGGAGCUGUCGCGGCAGCGCCUGGCCUCUCAGGAGCUGGGCCCCGCCGUGGACAAGGACCGGGAGGCGCUCAUGGAGGAGAUCCUCAAGCUGAAGUCUCUGCUCAGCACUAAGAGGGAGCAGAUCACCACACUGCGCACAGUGCUGAAGGCCAACAAGCAGACGGCCGAGGUGGCCCUCGCCAACCUGAAGAGCAAGUACGAGAACGAGAAGGCCAUGGUGACCGAGACGAUGAUGAAGCUGCGCAACGAGCUCAAGGCCCUCAAGGAGGACGCGGCCACCUUCUCCUCACUGCGCGCCAUGUUCGCCACCAGGUGUGAUGAGUACAUCACACAGCUGGAUGAGAUGCAGCGACAGCUGGCAGCGGCUGAGGACGAGAAGAAGACACUCAACUCGCUGCUGCGCAUGGCCAUUCAGCAGAAGCUGGCGCUGACACAGCGGCUGGAGCUGCUCGAGCUGGACCAUGAGCAGACCCGGCGGGGCCGCGCCAAGGCCACCCCCAAGGCCAAGCCCAGCACCCCGAGUGAAAGUCAGAAACAAUUUGCCUUCAUGUGGGAAGGACAGCAAUGGACUUUCACCAUCCUUCCACAGGGAUACCUCCACAGCCCCACCAUCUGUCAUAGACUUGCAGCCCAGGACUUGGCUACAUGGGAGAAACUGCCAACGGUGCAUCUGUACCAUUAUAUUAGUGAUGUCAUGCUCAAGUCCUAUUCUCUUUCAGAUCUAGAAGGUGUAACAUCUACAGGAGAAUGGAUGGGCUGUGAACAGCACCAAGGUUCAGGGACCUGGUUUGUCUGGCAAAUUCUUGGGGGUCGUCUGGUUAGGUAAGACCAAAGUUAUACCAAAAGCAGUUACAGACAAAGUCCAGGCCUUUCCUACCCCUACAACUGUGGCAUUGUUGCAGGAGUUUUGGGGUCUUCUAGUCUAUUGGAGAGUGUUCAUCCUACACUUGGCACAAAUUCUGAAGCCCUUAUACCGUUUGAUAUGAAAGGGCAUGACUGGGGUAAAACACAUACAUCUGCCUUUACUGCUGCAAAAUGGGCAGUCAAGGCCAUGCAGGCCUUAAGUGUGAUAGACCCAUCAAGGCCCUGUGAGCUGGAUAUCCAUGUGACCAAAGAUUAUGGCUGGGGUCUCUGGCAGCAGCUUGAACGAACUUGCCAACCUAUUGGAUUCUGGUCACAACUCUGGAAACAAGCAGAGGUACAAUACACCUUGAGAGAAAAACAAUUGGCUGCUGUGUAUCACUCUUUGCUGGCUACAGAACCCAUCCCUGGAACAGCUCCAAUAAAGGUAAUAACCACCUAUUCCAUCAUGGGGUGGGUACGAGACUGGACCCAAAAGCCACAGGGUGGUGUGGCACAGAUUCCUACACUGGCCAAAUGGGUUGCAUACCUACAGCAAGGUAGUGCUCUCUAGUAUCCCCUUGAAUGAGGAACCCCAACACUUACUGGGGCCAGUGACAUAUAACAGCGAAAGGUAGGAAGAAUUUACUUAAGAGCCACUAGUAGCAGAGAGCCCUUAUCAAGAAGGAAGAGCCCCUAUACCUGAAGAUGCUUGGUACACAGAUGGCUCCAGCCAUGGGCAGCCCCCAAAGGGGAGGGCCAUAGCAUUUCCUAAGACUGAGACAUAUGGAUAGAGGCCAGAGAGGGAAAGAGCAGCCAAUGGGCUGAGUUGCAGGCAGUAUGGCUUGUGAUCAGCCAGGAGCUUUCCCCUAUAGUUGUGUGCACUGACAGCUGGAAUGUCUAACGGGUCUUGACCCUGUGGCUACUGACAUGGUAUCAUGCCAACUGGUUGCUUGGUCACUGACCCUUUUGGGGACAAGAGUUGUGGCAAGACCUAUGGGCCUGUUGUCAGAUUAAAACAGUUGCAGUAUAUCAUGUGACAGGUCAUUUGCCCCUGGCACCGCCAGGAAAUGAUGAAGCAGACACACUGGCCCAGGUACAUUGGCUAUAAGGAAAGCCUACCUCUGAUGUGGCCCAACUGUUAUAUCAAAAUUUGUUGCAUGUGGGACAGAAGACAAUGGGGGCUGUAGCCCAUCGGUAACGCCUGACUUGACCUUUGAAGAAGUGAGGAGAGUCCAGCAGGGAGUGUAUUGUAAGCUCUAAAAGUGAUUUACACUGACUCCCACAGCAACCUGGAAUGAGAGCUAAGGGGCCGAUACUCCUCGUCAGGUGGCAGAUAGACUAUAUUAGGCCUGUACCCAUGUCAGUAGGGCACCAGUAAGCUAUGACUUGUGUAGACACAGCUACUGGAGUUCUGAUUACUUUUCCUGUGCAUUGUAUAGACUAGUGGACAAAUAAAAGAAGUCUGGAGCAUCUCUUUGCUGCUUAUGGCUGGCUGUAGGUAAUUGUGAGUGAUCAAGAGACCCACUUUACUGGACAUGCACUACAAGAAUGGGUGCAACAAUUAGGGAUAAAAUGGAAGUUCAUGUACCAUAUAAUCCUACCAGGGCAGGCAUGGUAGAGAGGUACAAUGGUUUGUUAAAAUCUGGCCUAAAGUCAGACACCAAUAGUCUAUGGGGCUGGGCAUUCUGCUUAUGGACAGUGCUAUGGUGUCUGAAUGAGAAGCCUUGGAAGAUGGCAUUGAGCCCUGUAGACAACAAACAUUGCUGCCUCCCCUAUACAACUGCAAAUACAAAAUGAUGAGUCAUUGAAGCUGAGGUUUGGCCAUGAGAAUAA